AUGGACUCUGAGAAAGUACAACGCGCCGAAGACCCAACGGCCCACGAGCACAUGCUCGACUCCGAGAAGCACGUGAAGCGCAACCCGCACCCAGACUUCAAGAAAGUAGAGUCCUCACGCCCCGACUGGCACGAGCAGGACAAGUGGGCCUUUACCAAGACCCGCGAUCCGCACUGGAAGCUCGGUCAAGGCCCCAACGACGGCGGAGAAUGCCUGAAGAAAGAGCACGUGGAGAUUGACCCGUAUGCGGAGGGCAGGCCUGCGACGUUUAACUAUAAGCUCCUCAUUAGCGCUGUCAUUCCACGGCCGAUUGGAUUCGUGAGCACGAGGAGCAAGGACGGCAAGAGCACGAAUCUGUCGCCGUUCAGCUACUUCAAUGUCAUUAAUCAUGAUCCGCCGCUCUUUAUCAUCGGGUUCGCAGGGGGCUUUGAGAAAGCGAAAGACUCGUUGAGGAACCUGACUGAAUCGGGAGAAUGUGCGUGCUGCCUCAACAUCAUCUCCGAGCACUUCAUCGAGGCGGCCAAUGCCUGCUCGAUCAAUGCUCCCUACGGCGUCUCCGAAUGGGCGCUGACAGGCCUGCAUCCGGCGCCCUGCAGCAAAGUCAAGGCGUCACGCGUCAAGGAGUCAAUCUUCUCCAUCGAGGCGGUUCUAGUGGAGACGAAGGAGUUUGAGAGCCGGGCGACGCCGGGUAAGAAGACGGGGGUGCUGGCUAUCGUUGAGGGUGUCAGAUUUUGGGCACGCGAGGAUGCAGUGAACGAGGACAGAAAUUUGCUUGAUCCUGCGAUCUUGAUGCCGAUGUCUCGUCUUGGUGGCAUCACGUAUGGCCGUUUGUUGGAGGGCGUGGAGCUGCCACGGCCUGAGUGGAGCGGAGUCAAGCCGGAAGAGAAGGAGAGGCUUGCAAAGCCUAAAGCUGAGAGCCAGUUAUAG